AUGUCCCGUGCUGAACAGUUCCCGGAAGCUAUACAAAAGUUCAUUGUUCGAGGAGCCCCGCCCACAAUGAUCUACAUUCCGAAUUGGAUCGAUGAAGAUGAAGAAAACUUGUACAAAUCAUGCAUCGAAAAUGCACCCCAACCGAAGUGGCGUGUGUUGGCUAACAGACGUCUUCAAAACUAUGGAGGAGUUGUUGGAAAGUCAGCUCUAAUUCCAACUGACGACUUCCCAGUGGAGCUCAAAUAUUUGAUGACGAAGAUAAAUGACCUCGAAAUCUUCAAAAAUCCGGUCAAUCACGUACUGGUGAACGAGUAUGAACCAGGGCAAGGAAUCAUGCCACAUACUGAUGGGCCCGCGUUUCACCGAAUCGUUACGACACUGACGGUCGGUUCGCAUUGCUUCCUGGAUAUGUACGAGCCGGUGGAUCCACAGGUGCAUUCCCUCGUUGUUCUAAUUCAACUUCUGACGCUGAACCAUGAUAAUGAUGAUUUGGAAUGUGUGAAGACUCUUCUGAAUAUAGAAGAGGUACAUCCACUUCAUCGUAAAACGGAUCCUUCCGAAGAUCAGGCGUAG